AUGGAUUCCAAGAAGAAACAGUAUCUAAAUCAUCUACAGAAGGGACUGGAGGAGGUUAUAGAAACACAAGAAAAACUGGACCCAGAGGUCAGACUUAAAUGCAAAACAGUCUCUGUGAAGAAAAAAUUGAAUGGUUAUCUUUACACUUUGAGGAUUUUGUCGAUUUCAGAAAAAAAUAAAGUGCCCAGGAUAUUAAGACAGGAAGAAAAGCUGUUUUUGGAGACAUCCAAUGGCCCGUUGUUAUGCACUAUUGUAGAAGUUGAGCAAGACAUGGUUAAGGCCAUCGGGUACAAAAAUCUCAAAGAUAGUAACUUUGAAGCUACUCUGGAUUUUAAGUACAAUACUAAAGUUCUACUUAGUAAUCUUAAAAGAUUUAUGAAGUCUGGAAAGUCCUUUAGCAAUUUCAUAGCAAAAUCAUGGAAAUUGGAUGAGGAAGUGAAGAAAAGCACCAAGAAGGCUAGAAAAACAUCUAAACCCAAGAAGUUGAAUUUUUAUGACACCUCAUUGAAUGCAAGCCAAAAGAAAGCUGUGGAGAUGACAAGACUCAACAUUCCUUAUAAGAUACUUGGACCUCCAGGGACUGGAAAGACAAGGACAGUGGUAGAAAUAAUAUCACAGCUUCUGGCAAAAAACAAAAGGGUUCUUGUGUGUGGGCCCAGCAAUGUAUCUAUUGAUAACAUUAUAGAAAGAUUCCUGAAAAGUAAGUACUUUCUACGUAGUAAGCCUUCCUUCUAUCGCUUAGGCAGCUCUCUAAAAGGCUUAAGCCAUUUAAACCUUGAGUCGCUAGCAGAGUUACAUACAAAUUUUAUGAAAGAAAAAAAAAACGACACAAAUUUCUAUAAGGACAGAAUUGAGAAGCAGAAGAAGUUUAUGAAGGAGAAGCGGGACAGUUCCCCUGUCGUGUUCGCCACGCUCUUCUCUUCUCUUAAGGAAAAGAGGAUGUUUGACUGGGUUUUAAUUGAUGAAGCAUGCCAAGCGUCGGAACCAGAAUCUUUCCUUGCAGUCACCAAGGGGAAAAUGUUUAUUCUCAUAGGAGACCCCAUGCAACUAUGCCCAGAAACCCCUUCUCUAUAUGAAUCUCUUACCCUUCCGGUAGUGCUUCUAAAUGAGCAAUAUAGAAUGCCUUCUAAUCUUCUAAAGUUUAGUAAUGAAAUGUUCUAUAAAGGGCAAAUCAAAAGUGUUGCAAAAGAAUGCAAACCUAUUUUUGGUGAAAACCCGAUUCUAUUUGUUGACACGCAAUACUUUGAGUUUUAUGAGAGCGAUGAUAUCUCGAAAUCAAAUAUAGGAGAAGCCAUGAUAGUAAAAAGCAUUGUUGAAAUUCUCAAAGGAGAAGAGGUUGGCAUCAUAGCACCCUACACUUCUCAAGUCCUGCUUCUGCGUGAGAUGGUGGAUGUAGAGGUUUCUACUGUGGAUGGAUUCCAAGGACAGGAGAGAGAUUACAUAAUAAUAACGUUGGUAAGGUGCAACGAUAGAAAGGAUUUUGGGUUUUUGAGUAACGAGAAAAGGCUUAAUGUUGCUCUGACCCGGUGCAAAAAAGGGCUGGUGGUUGUUGGAGACUCCAAAACGUUCAAGAGGUCAAGUAUUUUCCAAAAACUAUUCAAUUUCUUGAAAACCAAUUCCUUAUGCUUAGAUCCUGAAACAUUGAAGGAGUUUAUUAAGGAAAAAGAAAGGUGCUUACAAUAUGUAUCCACCGUAGCAAAAACAAAAGAUCUUUAA